AUGCCACCAACUCCUAGGCUGACAUUAGUCUCGAAAUCCAGACUCAAAGAUCGAGGAAGACAAUCGUUCCUCUUCACUAUAGAGGCUGACAUAUUCGGCUCUGACGAUCCUUCUUUCAUGGAGGCACCAGCCUCUGCUGUCUUGCCUGGCGAUAUUCUACAUGUAGACUCUGGAGGUGUGAACCUCAAGGACGGAGUUGAAGCUGAUUCCUCGACCUCUGGUGAACUCUGUCAUGGCUUGACUCAGGCUCCACCACCUAGCACGCAGCCUAGGAAACGUUGUCUCUCGGACUCUUCACAACGUGAUGACAUCGACACAACACACGAUUCUCAUCAUACGAACAAAGCCCUGACUAGCGGCAAUGUCUCUUCGUCUUCGUAUAUGGACCGUUUGGACGACACGAACACCCACGGAGCUGCCUCCUUCAGCGGCGAAUACAUGUCUCGGAAACGAGUGAAACUGGAAUUGCAGAACGUCGAGCCUGACGAUGAAGCUGCUGACGAAAAUGAGGAGGACAAACUCGAGAUUAUGAGGCGGCUGAGGCCCUCCGUCCAAGACUUGCGCAAACUGAUCAUCAAGCAGGGGAAGAAUACCACGCCUGCCUAUAUCGUAAAUCCCUCGUACAGAACGCCCAUGAAAGUCGUAAGACCAGAAUGGCUUGUCCAAAGCGCACAAGUCGGGGCUUUACUCCCUUGGAGAGACUUCAUAUAUAAGCCGGAGGAGAUGAUGGAGGCUUCGUGGGGACCUGCGAACGCGCUGAAGUCUUUAUUUGGAUUUGCGGGUGGAUCUCAAGCGAUGUCUGCGUCCGGAUCACGAAGCAUUUCGGGGUUUAUGGUACCACGACUGAGGGGGAUUUCUGGUGAUUCGUCUUCGUCUAGGUCUCAGAAAACGGAUUGGCAUAAGACACCACCCAAGACUUCUACCUCUACAUCAGAGCACACGGGUGUGAGUGGACAGAUUAUUAUUCCUCCCUCGCAAGAGCAACGGUCACCUCCUCGAACGCCUUCCAAAGCAAAACCGAAACCCCUAUCAUCGUCGCUACUCUCUUCAACGCGCCACACUCACACAUCUCUAACAUCGCCACAUUUACGCUCCCUUCAUAAACAUUCCCCACCACCCGACUCCCACAAUUCCCACUCACCCGGCCCCCUCACCCCAACUCACGCUUCUAAGCUCCUCUCCUACGCCGCCCACGCAUCCAACACCGCCGCCUCGCGCGCAAUGGCCGAACCCGCAUGGCGUGCGGCCCACACGUCCGUCUUGAAGAAGGCGGAGUCGAAGGAGCUUGUGGGGAAGGUGCAGGGGAGGGUGGAGAGGGGUGUGGGGAUUGAGAUUGGUGGUGGUGGUGGGGAAGAAAGCGGCCGAGGAGACCUUGGCGAAGGGGAGAGGAAGGAGGGGAGGCAGGGGAAUGUGAGUAUGAGGGGUGCGGAGCUCGUAUCGAGGAAUUUAUCGAAACGAAAGGGCAAAUCGAAAAGUAAGACGGGCGAAGACGAAGUGAGAGUGAUCAGGCACUGCGAUUUCGACGCCCAUUCCGUGUCGGCGGGGUUGGUGGACCGUCCGGAGAUGAAGGGGAAGUCGGUCGCGGUUUGUCAUUCACAGGAAGGACAGGGCGGGCAGAGCAGUACGAACGAGAUAGCGACUGCGAGUCAUGAGGCGAGGAAGUCUGGGAUAAAGAAUGGGAUGAGCUCACAGCAAGCUCGGAACUCUGCCCGUCUAUCCAAACAAUACCUUACGAGUUCGAGAGAACUGUCGCUCGAGCUCUACACUAUCCUCAUGGCACACGCUCAGAGUGGUGAUGAUGUAUAUGGGCCAUAA